UUGAGGCUCAAUCUAUUAAUGCGACUCGUCUUACAAUGUCCGAAGCACAGAGUUCAGUAGUAAAGGGGCUUGCAGCUUUACCGCAGCAAGAAAGUUCAGCUUUAAAGGAAGAAGAACAUGGUUUCCAUUCUACAGAUACAACUAGUACAGAAGACCGAGAAGCAGAUCUCUCAAAGACUACGACGGCGAAGGCAGAAAUGCCAGCAACAACGGAGACAGAGCCUGCGACAGCGGCAGCGACAGCAACAACAGCGGAAACAGAAACAGUAGAGACGACAGAAGAAGCUGAUCCAAGAAGUAAAAACCCGUUUUGGAAACCAAGACCACCACCUAUUAUGGGACCCGAUGGCAAGCCUUUGUCAAGAAAUGCAAUGAAGAAGUUACUAAAGCAGCAACAGUUUGAGGAACGGAAGCCACAACUCCGAGCUCAGGAAAAACUGAAGCGCAAACAAAAGAGCAAAGAGCGUCAUGAUGCGAUUGAAGCCGGCUUAAUCCCGCCACCACCAAAACGCCAUAAGAGCGACCAGAUCCAUACAGGGAUUACAAUUGGGGUUGACAUGUCCUUUGAUGACUUGAUGUUAGAGAAGGAAGUCAAAUCAAUGGUGGAUCAGAUCAAACGCUGUUACUCUUACAACAGGACGUGCGAAAAGAUUGUACAUUUGGCUCUCACUUCAUUUACAGGUCAAUCGAAGCAAGAGUUUUGCAAGCGUGCCAAUGGAUUUGAGCUCUGGAAGAACUUCACGAUCCAUGAAAAAGGGCUUGAAGAAGUUUGGCCUUCAGAAGAGAUUUCUGGUAAACAGCAUUUGGCUGAGCUCAAGAGGCUUCAAGCAAUUGCCUCUGCUAAAUCAGAAGCCGUCAAGGCGAAGGUCUUGGCGACUUAUGCUCAGACAGAAUCAGCUUCGUCUUCAGCGUCAACUUUGGCGCCAUUACCGAUAGCUACGGGAGCAGAAGAAGGAGGAGUAAAUGAAAAGAAUUCAUCAGAGGCAUUACUUUCGUCUGCUUCAACAACAGAAUCAGGACUUGGUGCUUUAUCAGAGGUGGCCAUACAAAAUGCUGUAGAAAAACAGGAUAAUAUUUCAGCAAAGGAGGCUGAGGCAUCGCCAUUUGUUGAUCAGACUUACACCUCACCACUUUCUACUCCAGGGACUCCAGCAACUUUGGAAAAUGGGACCACAACCAACCCAGCCCUUGACAUUAAAGCAUUAGAGAAGGAGCGCCAGCAAAAGGAGGAAAAGCUGGCGACGAUCCCCGCAGUUAAAAAAGUUGUUUAUCUGAGUGCAGACUCGCCUAAUACGAUCACGCAACUUGAAGAAAAUACAUGUUAUGUUCUUGGAGGAAUUGUUGAUAAGAACCGAUAUCCAAAUUUAUGUCAGAACAAGGCGGAAAAACUGGGGAUUGAAACUGCUCAGUUGCCUAUUGGCGAUUACAUCCAAAUGUCAAGCCGACGUAUCCUCACUGUCAACCAGGUCUUUGAAAUUUUGUUACAGUUCAUUGAGUGCAACGACUGGAAGGAGGCUUUUUUAAAGGUGAUUCCACAGCGUAAAUUGGAAGAAAAGCCUAGAGUUCGCCGGAGUGUCGAGUCUUGGAGACCUAAUCAUCAUGCACGGGAUGAACAGCUGUCUGGUUUUGAUUCUAGGGAGAGUAGAUCCGGAAGCGAAGCUAGAAGCAUCACUAGCAGUCAUGAGAGCGAGGACGAAGGAGGCUGGGGUAGGGAGGGAGAAGUACAGGAUCAACCUAUGGACACUGAUGAGUUUAAAAAGAGGAGUGAUUCAGUAUAA